GUAAUAUUAUCACAAUGUCCAACUCAACCAGACUAUACACGAAAGGCUUAAUACUUGGCUAUAAGCGAGGCUUACGCAAUCAACAUACGAAUACAUCUCUCAUUCGUAUCGAAGGUGUAAAUAAUAAGAACGAAACUGAAUUUUACUUGGGCAAGAGAGUCGCAUAUAUUUACCGUGCUCAAAAGAAGACGAAAGCCACUUUACGAAAAACGCGUAAUGCUUCCAAAUUUAGAGUGAUGUGGGGCAAGGUUACAAGAUCACACGGUAAUAGUGGAGUAGUCCGUGCAAAGUUUAGACACAAUCUUCCUCCUAAAUCAAUGGGUGCAACUGUUCAUGUGAUGCUCUAUCCUUCCAGAGUGUAAUCUUAGGAAGUUGUUUGUAUA